UUUUUAAAAAUCAACUGAAUGCGGAACAAUGGAUUGGGCUUGGAGGUUAAGCUGCACUGUAAUUGCGUCCAUCUUUAUCGUGUGUACCCCGGCUCGGAUUUUAGGACAACUUAUUUAUUCUAUUCCUGAGGAAAUGCGUGAAGGGACAAUCAUUGGGAAUAUUGCUCAAGAUUUGGGAGUGGAUGCACUGCAAUUGUCAGCUCGCAAAUUUCGGCUCAGCUCUGCUAACGGAGAACGGUACCUGAAGGUUAGUUCGGAUAAUGGGCUUCUAUCUAUUCGUGAAAAAGUCGAUAGGGAACGUAUUUGUGGGCAAGCAGAUAUGUGUACGAUACCUUUGGAAAUAAUACUGGAAAAUCCGUUUGAGGUGUAUCGUGGGAAAGUGGAGAUUCUUGAUAUAAAUGAUAACUCUCCUAUAUUCCGGGACAAAAACAUUGCCUUGCAAAUUUCUGAAGCUAUUGCGCCUGGCGUACGUUUUCGACUCAAGAGUGCGGAUGAUGCUGAUACUGGUAUGAAUACUAUCGCGAAUUACACAAUCAGUUCGAGUGAUUACUUCAGUCUGAAAACACGGAGAACCGAGGAGGGUAUUAUAAUUGCUGAGUUGCUGUUAGAGAAACCUUUGGAUCGAGAGCUACAAUCAUCCUUUCAACUGGUGCUUACUGCUGAGGAUGGUGGGAAUCCCCCGAGAACCGGAACAGCUCAGAUUCUUAUUACUGUACUGGACAUUAAUGAUAAUCCUCCUGUAUUCGAGCAUGAUGUUUACAGGGCAAGCAUUAUUGAAAACGCAUCGCAAGGAGAGGUAGUGAUACAAGUUAAAGCAACUGAUUUGGACGAAGGGCUGAAUGCAGAGGUAACAUAUUCUUUCAGUGAUGUUACUUCCUUGCGAAAAAAUCGGGAUUUGUUCAGCUUGAACGGAAAUACUGGAGAGAUUCGAGUGGAAGGGCUGCUAGAUUAUGAAGAAUCUAAUAGUUAUUCAAUUGAUAUUCAAGCUGUUGAUCACGGUUCACCUGCGAUUACGGGACACUCGAAAGUGCUAAUCAAUGUCAUUGACAUGAAUGACAACGCACCCGAAAUAAAAAUGACGUCAGCCACCAAGCAAGUCCCAGAAAAUGCUUCGCCGGGAACAUUAAUCACCUUGAUCGAUGUUAUCGAUCGAGAUUCUGGGGAGAACGGUCAAGUGCGCUGCGAAGUACGUCAGAAGGUCCCCUUUCUACUGCAAGCAUCAUCUAAUCAUUACAAAUUAAUUACAAGUGAAACGCUGGACCGUGAAACGUUGUCAGAGUACAAAAUAUUCGUUUCAGCUUGGGAUUUAGGGUCACCAUCACUUGCAACAAAUAAAACCAUCCAUAUUGUAAUUACUGAUAUCAAUGAUAACGCCCCAAGCUUUGCUGAACAACCCUACAACGUAUAUGUGACUGAAAAUUGCUCUCCUGGCGUCUCUGUCUUUACAGUAACAGCGUCAGAUCCCGAUCUAGAACAGAAUUCCUAUGUUUCUUAUUCCAUUCUGGACAAUUACAUUCAAAACUUACCACUGUCUACUUACCUGAGCAUUAACUCUAUGAACGGCACUAUUUACGCUCUGCGAUCUUUUGACUAUGAGGAACUGAAAAGUUUUCAGAUCCAUGUUCAGGCCCGUGACGCUGGAGUGCCGCCGCUGAGCAGCAGCGCUACUGUGAAUGUCAUCAUCCUGGAUCAAAAUGACAACGCACCAGUGAUUGUUUCACCUUCAGAGCAUGGUGAGUCAUCAGCCGUGGAAACCCUGCCCCAGUCAGCGGCUCAGGGGUACUUGGUCACCAAGAUAAUAGCCACUGAUGCAGAUUCUGGUCAAAACGGGCGGCUAUUUUACCAAAUGGGGAAAGCUACUGAUACAAGUUUGUUUAUCAUUGGUCAAACGUCUGGCGAAAUCAGAACAGCGCGCCAAAUCUUGCAGCAGGAUCCCACGACACAAACUUUGGUAAUCUUGGUGAAAGACAACGGGCAGCCAAACCUAUCUAGCACAGUUACCGUUCACAUCACUAUUUUGCGGAAUAGCACCGAAAUUCUCACUGAAAGCAGUAAUUUAUUGAAGAAGCCUGAAUAUAUAUCUGAUCUAAAUCUUUAUUUAUUGGUUAUUUUCAGUUGCACCUCCAUUGUCUUUCUUCUGAUUAUCAUUCUGUUGAUCGCAAUCAAGUGUAAACAGGACAGAAAUAUGAACCAAGAGUAUACAUCUCCCAGUUAUUGUUACACACGUGGAGAUAUGCAGGACACGUGUAAUCAUAAGAGUGCAAUGGAGGAAACUUUACGCUAUUCUGGUACAGACCAGGUAGUCCGUGUGCCCAGUCUUCCACAGUACUCGGUUUGUCUGUCUCCAGAAUCAGCGAAAAGCGACUUCCUUUUUUUGAAGCCAUGCCGCCCUCUCACCUCUACGGCAGGCCGGAUCAUCGACUUCCUACGCCAGCCACCAACGGAGGACAGGUACACUAAGCUUAAGGCGCUCCUGAUCCGUACCCUAGAACUCUCCCGCCGCGAACGGUCCGCGCGGAUCCUACACUUGGAUGGCCUGGGCGACCGCACGCCAUCCGAGCUCAUGAAUGAUAUGCUAGCGCUCCUGGACGGCCAUAAGCCGUGCCUUUUAUUUGAGCAGUUGCUCCUCGCGCAAAUGCCAGAGGACAUUCGCCUCCUCCUCGCCAGUGAGGAUUUCAGCGACCCACGCAGGGUCGCGGCUAAAGCAGACGUCCUUUGGCAGAGCAAUCAACGUGGAGCAGCCUCCACUGGCCUAGCCACGAUCGCGCGCCCCAAAGCCCAGGCCCCGCAACCAGAGCCGUCGAGACCCCCGGGGGAAAAAGACCAAAGUUCGGAACAAUGGUGUUUCUAUCACCAGAGAUGGGGCUCAGGCGCGCGCCGCUGCCGUCUACCAUGUGCUGGCUACGACGGCUGGCCACCGAGACAUCCUCCUGUACCGCUGGGACCGACACUCCGGGCGGUGCUUCCUGGUAGACACCGGGGCCGAAGUCAGCUAACUCCCCCCCGCCCGCCCCACACACCGAACAUGGACACUCGUAACGCGGUCCCAGGCCCCGAACUCACCGCUGUAAAUGGCACCAUAAUUCGGACGUACGGCCCGCGAACUAUCUCACUGCAUUUCGGGUCCAGCCGUUUCACUUGGACUUUCACGUUGGAGGCGGUGGCACAGCAACUACUAGGGACAGAUUUCCUACGAGCCAAAUGCCUCGUGGUCGACCUAAAAGACCGGCAUUUUAUCCACUCCAAGACGUUCCAGACUUUGCAGCUCGGAGAAGCCAAGCUACCGGCCCUCUACCUGGAUUCCGUGACCCCCGCGUCACUCCGCAGUUCUCCACGGCCGACCCCAAGCACGGCGUGCAGCACAAUCCCACGCAAGGACCGCCGCUGCACGCCCGAGGCUGCAGGCUCCCACCCGACAAGCUACACCUCGCCAAGGAGGAGUUCCGACUUCACGGCGAACCUGCACGGAGCAACCAUCUUCUCGAAAAUCGACCUGUUAAGGCGACACCAUCACAUCCCAGUGCAUCCCGACGACGUGCCCAGGACAGCCCUCGUCACCCCGUUCGGCUUGUUAGAAUUCCUGACGAUGCCUUUCGGUCUCAAGAAUGCAGCCCAAACUUUCCAAAGGCUCAUGGACUCGGUGGGACGCGGCUUGGAUUUCGUUUUCAUUUACUUGGACGAUAUCCUGGUGGCCAGCAGCUCGCACCAAGAGUACGUGGCACAUUUGCGCCAGGUCUGCCAACGCAUGAAUGACCACGGACUGGCAAUCCAUCCGGUCCAGGCCAUCCGCCAGUUCUCCAAGCCCAGCACGGUUAAGGGCCUGCAGGAGUUCGUAGGGAUAGUCAACUUUUAUCAUCGGUUCGUGCCGGCGGCGGCACGCAUCAUGAGACCCUGGUUCAGCCUGAUGGCCGGCAAGGCCAAAGAAGUGGCACGGGACGCGGAGUCCACGGAGGCGUUCGAGCAGGCCAAGGAGGCGCUGGCAGAGGCAGCCCUCCUAGUGCACCCGAGAGUCGAUGUACCCACGGCAUUCACAGUCGACGCUUCCGACACGGCAGUCGGCGGAGUCUUAGAGCAGCUCGUCGAGGACCAGUGGCGACCUCUCGCUUCCUUCGGCCGGCACCUACGGCCACCAGAGGUGAAGUACAGCACUUUCGACAGAGAGUUGCUAGCUCUCUACCUGGCUGUCCGGCAUUUCCGGUACUUUCUCGAGGGAAGGGAGUUCAUCGUGUAUACGGACCACAAGCCCUUCACCUUGUUACUGGCCAAGGUAUCGGACCAAUGGUCGGCUCGGCAGCAGAGGCACCCGUCCUUUAUUUCAGAAUUCACCACCGACGUCCGCCAUAUCGCACGGAAGAACAACGUCGUCGCCGACACACUGUCUCGCCCCUGCCUCCACUCAUUAGGCAUAUCAUCCUCAGGAAUAGAUCACGCAGCAGUGGCGGAAGCUCAACGGUCGGACACCGAGAUCCCGGCUUACCGCACCGCCCUUUCGGGACUCCAGUUGGAGGACGUCUCCAUCGGCCCGGCAGCGGAUCGACUCCUGUGCGACGUGUCUACCGGCAACCCCCGACCCGUGGCACCAGCAGCAUGGAGGCUCCGGGUGUUCGACGCGCUGCACGAUCCGGCCCACCCGUCCAUCCGGGCAUCCACCAAGCUCGUAGCGGACAGAUUCGUCUGGCACGGACGGUGUUACGGAUUAAUCGACGCCAGGUUUUGUAAAUUAAUCGGAUGUCGAACAAUGGCGUGCGUAUCGAGGUUAAGCUUCACUGCAAUUGCUUCCAUUUUCAUCGUGUGCGCUCUAGAUCGAAUUUCAGGGCAAAUUAGUUAUUCUGUUCCUGAGGAAAUUAAAGAAGGGUCAUUUGUUGGGAAUAUCGCUGCAGAUUUGGGAUUAAGUGCACUGCAAUUGUCAGCUCGCAAAUUUCAGCUGAGCCCUGAUGACGGAGGGCGGUACAUGAAGGUUAGUUUCGAUAAAGGGGUUUUGUCUAUUUGUGAAAGGAUCGACCGGGAACGAAUUUGUGGGCAGACGGAUAUAUGUACUAUCCCAUUCGAAAUAAUGUUGGAAAAUCCCCUGGAAAUGCUUCACGGGGAACUGGUGAUUCUUGAUGUGAAUGACAACUCACCCACUUUCCGGGAGAGCCGUAUUGAAUUCCAGAUAUCUGAAGCCAUUUCACCUGGAGUACGAUUCCGCCUCGAGAGCGCGGAAGACCCCGAUAUUGGAAUAAAUAAUGUUGUCGACUACGCAAUCAGUUCGAGUGAGUACUUUAGUCUAAAAUCACGGAGAACCGAUGAGGGUAUUGUAAUAGCAGAGUUGCUGUUAGAGAAAUCUUUGGAUAGAGAAUUACGGUCAUCUUUUCAGCUGGUGCUUACGGCUACGGAUGGCGGAAUCCCUCAGAGAUCGGGAACAGCCCAGAUUCUCAUUAAUGUGGUCGAUAUCAACGAUAAUGCACCUGUAUUCGAGAAAGAUGUUUACAAAUUCAGUAUAAGUGAAAACGCACCGAAAAGCAGCUUGGUGAUGAAAGUUAAAGCAAAUGAUUUGGACGAAGGGCUGAAUGCUGAUUUGACAUAUUCCUUCAGUGGACUUACUUUACAAAGGGUGCAUGGUGUGUUCAGUUUGGUCCCAGAAACUGGAGAGAUUGUAAUUGAGGGGCAUUUAGAUUUUGAAGAAUCAAACAGUUAUUCACUAGAUAUUCAAGCUGUUGAUCACGGGUCUCCUGCGAUUACAGGACACACCAAAGUGUUGAUUAAUGUCAUUGAUGUUAAUGACAACGCACCCGAGAUAAAAGUGAAAUCACUCACGAACCAAAUUCCGGAAAAUGCCCCACCAGGAACUUUCAUAACUCUAAUCAAUGUUAUCGAUCGUGACUCUGGACAGAAUGGUCAAGUUAGCUGUGAGAUACCAAGGAACCUCCCUUUCAUGCUGCAAGUAUCAUCAACUAAUUAUAAGUUAAUUGUAAGUGAAAAGUUGGACCGUGAAACGGUGUCCGAGUAUACAAUAAACGUUUCAGCUUGGGAUUUUGGGUCACCUUCCCUGUCAACAAAUAAAACAAUCUAUAUUACAGUUACUGAUAUAAAUGAUAAUGCCCCACGCUUUGCUGAACUUGCUUACAACGUAUAUGUGGCCGAAAAUAAUGCUCCUGGCGCUUCUAUUUUCACAGUGACAGCGUCUGAUACUGAUCUGGAGCAGAAUUCAUAUGUAUCUUACUCCAUACUGGACAAUCAUAUCCAAAACUUGCCAGUGUCAACAUACAUCAACAUUAACUUCAUGAACGGCACCAUUUACGCCUUGCGCUCUUUUGACUAUGAGGAACUAAAAAGUUUUAAGAUCCAUGUGCAAGCCCGUGACGCUGGAGUGCCCCCACUAAGCAGCAGGGCUACGGUGCAUGUGAUCAUCCUGGAUCAAAAUGACAACGCUCCGGUAAUCGUUUCACCCUCAGAACAGAGUGGAUCAGCAGCCUUGGAAAUUCUGCCCCAAUCAGCAGGUCAGGGGUACUUGGUCACCAAUAUAAUGGCCACUGAUGUAGACUCUGGUCAGAACGCGCGGCUCCUUUACCAUAUGGUGAAAGCUACUGAUCCCAGUUUAUUUAUCAUAGGUCAGACGUCUGGUGAAAUCAGAACACAACGCAAAAUCGUGCAGGCUGAUCUCACCACACAAACUUUGGUUAUCUUGGUGAAAGAUAAUGGGCAGCCAAGCCUAUCCAGUACGGUUACUAUUCACAUUACAAUUUUGCAGAAUACAUCCGAAACUCUCACCAAAAACAGUAAUUUAGUGAAUAAUCCCGAAUACUUAACUGACAUUAAUCUUUAUUUAUUGGUUAUUUUCAGUUGCACUUCUAUUGUCUUUCUUCUGAUUAUCAUUCUGUUAAUCGGGAUCAAGUGUAAACAGAACAGAAAUAACCCCCAAGAGUAUACUUCGCCCAGUUAUUGUUACGAACGUGAAAAUAUGAAGGACACAUUUAAUAGAAGAUCUGCAUUGGAGGAAACGUUACGUUAUCCUGGCACUGACAAGGUAGUCCGUGUCCCGGGGCUGCCACAGUACUCGGUUUGCCUGUCUCCAGAAUCAGCGAAAAGCGACUUCCUUUUCUUGAAACCGUGCGGCCCCGCCAUCUCUCAGGCGACGGCGAUACGGAUUAACCGAACAGAGGGCUGCUUUUCUACAUUAAUUGAAUGCGGAACAAUGGCGUGCGUAUCCAGUUUAAGCCUCACUCUAAUUGCUUCCAUUUUUAUCGUAUGUGCCCCUGGUCGAAGUACCGGGCAUAUUAGCUAUUCUAUUGCCGAGGAAAUGGAAGAAGGGACACUUGUUGGGAAUAUCGCUCAAGAUUUGGGACUGAGUAUCCAGCAGUUAUCUGCUCGUAAAUUUCAUCUCAGUCCUGAUGACGCAGGACGGUACAUAACGGUUGGUUUAGAUAAUGGGGUUUUGUCUAUUCGUGAAAGAAUUAACCGAGAACGUCUUUGUGGACAAGCAGAGAUGUGCACUAUACCCUUUGAAAUAAUACUGGAAAAUCCGUUGGAGGUGUAUCGCGGGGAAUUAGUGAUUUUUGAUGUGAAUGACAACUCGCCCGCUUUCCGGGAGAGCAGUAUUCCUUUGCAGAUAUCCGAAGCUAUUUCACCUGGGGUACGCUUCCGUCUCGAAAGCGCGGAAGACCCUGACGUUGGAAUAAAUACAGUGGCCGACUAUGCCAUCAGUGCGAGUGAGUACUUCAGUCUUGAGACACGGAGAACCGAGGAGGGUAUUAUAAUAGCCGAGUUGGUGUUAGAGAAAUCUUUGGACCGAGAGUUGCAGACAUCCUUUCAGCUAGUGCUUACUGCGACGGACGGUGGGAUCCCUCAGAGAACCGGAACAGCUCAGGUUCUCAUUACUGUUCUAGACAACAAUGAUAAUCCGCCGGUUUUCGAGCAUGAUGUUUACAGGAGCAGCAUAAAGGAAAAUGCACCACAAGGUACCUUAGUGGUGAAAGUUGUCGCAAAUGAUUUGGACGACGGGCUGAAUGCUAAGCUGACUUACUCAUUUAGUGGGCUAACUUCACGAAGAGUGCAUGGGGUGUUCAGUUUGGUCCCAGACACUGGGGAGAUACUCGUUGAAGGGCUGCUAGAUUUUGAAGAAACAAAAGGCUAUUCACUGGAUAUUCAAGCUGUUGAUCACGGGUCUCCUGCGAUAACAGGACACUCCAAAGUGCUGAUUAAAAUUAUUGACGUGAACGACAACGCACCCGAGAUAAAAGUGAAAUCAUCCACAAAUUAUGUCCCAGAAAAUGCUCCGCCAGGAACUUUAAUCGCCUUGAUUGAUGUUACCGAUCGUGACUCUGACAAGAACGGUGAAGUGCGCUGCGACAUACCACAGAACGUCCCCUUUAUGCUGCAAACAUCAUCGAGUCAUUAUAAAUUAAUUACAAGUGAAACGUUGGACCGUGAAACGAUGUCUGAAUAUAAAGUACUUAUUUCAUCCUGGGAUCUGGGGUCACCUUCACUGUCAACAAACAAAACCAUCCACGUUGCAGUUACUGAUGUAAACGAUAACGCCCCACGCUUCGCUGAACUAUCUUACAACGUACAUCUGCUUGAAAAUAAUACCCCUGGCACGUCUAUCUUCGCAGUAACUGCGUCUGAUCCUGAUCUGGAGCAGAAUUCAUAUGUUUCUUACUCCAUUCUGAACAAUAAUAUCCAAAAUAUGCCAAUGUCUACAUACCUCAGCAUUAACUCUAUGAACGGCACUAUUUACGCCCUGCGCUCUUUUGACUAUGAGGAGCUAAAAAGCUUUCAGAUCCAUGUUCAAGCCCGGGACGCUGGAGUACCCCCACAGAGCAGCACCGCUACGGUGAAUGUAAUCAUCCUGGAUCAAAAUGACAAUGCUCCAGUAAUUGUUUCACCUUCUGGACAGAGUGGGUCAUCAGCCGUAGUGAUCAUGCCCCAGUCAGUGAGUCAGGGAUACCUAGUCACAAAGAUAUUGGCCACUGAUGACGAUUCUGGUCAGAAUGCUCGGCUCGUUUACCAAAUAAUGAAAGCUACCGAUUCCAGUUUGUUUAUCAUUGGUCAAACUUCUGGAGAAAUCAAAACCGCGCGGAAUAUCUUAGAGUCAGAUUCCACAACACAAAGUCUGCUUAUCCUGGUAAAAGACAAUGGCCAACCAAACCUAUCCAGCACGUUUUCUAUUCAAGUCACAAUUUUGCAGAAUAGCACCGAUACUGUCACUGAAAGUGGUAAUUUAGUAGGGAGUCCCGAAUAUCCCACUGACCUAAACCUUUAUUUAUUGGUUAUUUUCAGUUGCACUUCCAUAGUCUUUCUUCUGAUUAUCAUACUGUUGAUUGGCGUGAAAUGUAAACAGGAGAGAAAUAUCACCCAGGAGUAUGCCUCUUGCAGUUAUAGUUAUAAACGCGGAGAUAUGCACAGCAUGACUAAUCGAAAAACAACGAUGGAGGACACUUUACAAUAUCCUGGUACUGACCAGGUAGUCCGCAUGCCAGGACUGCCGCAAUACUCGGUCUGCCUGUCUCCAGAAUCAGCAAAGAGUGAUUUCCUUUUUUUGAAGCCAUAUGGACCUCCUACCUCUUAGAUUCAGCGUUAUAAUAUAUAUCUAUAUAUUUAUAGUUCGUGGGAAAACAGCAUUACAAUUAAUCGAGCAGAGGCCCAGAUAUUGAAAUUAACUGAAUGCGAAACAAUGGCGAACCCACCGAGGGUUGCUUUCGUUGCGACUGUUGGCAUGUUUCUCCUGUAUGUAGUGGAUACAACUACCGGGAAAAUUCGUUAUUCUAUUCCCGAGGAAAUGGAGGAGGGGGCAUUUAUUGGGAAUAUCGCUAAGGAUUUGGGAAUGAAUGCACUGCAAUUAUCAGAUCGUAAAUUUCGUCUGAGUUCUGUUGAUGGAGGACGAUAUGUGAAGGUUAGUUUAGAUGAUGGUUUUUUAUCGGUUCGUGAACGAAUUGACCGGGAACUUAUUUGUGAGCAAGCGGAAAUGUGUACCAUAUCAUUCGAAAUGAUACUCGAAAAUCCUUUCGAGGUGCAUCACGGAGAAGUUGAGAUUCUUGACGUGAAUGAUAACUCGCCCACCUUCCGAGACAGCAGCAUUGUAGUGCAGAUUUCUGAAGCGAUUCCACCAGGGGUACGUUUUCGACUCAAGAGCGCGGAAGAUCCUGAUAUUGGAAUGAAUGCUAUUGCACAUUACACAAUUAGUUCCAGUGAGUACUUCAGUCUGAAAACACAAGGAACCGAGGAUGGCUUUGUAAUUGCCGAACUGUUGUUAGAAAAAUCUUUGGACCGAGAGCUGCGGUCAUCCUUUCAACUAAUGCUUACGGCUACGGAUGCUGGGCACCCUCAGAGAUCCGGCUCAACUCAGAUUCUCAUUACCGUACUGGACUUCAAUGAUAAUCCUCCUUUAUUCGAGCAUGUUAUUUACAAAUGCAGCAUUAGUGAAAACGCACCACAAGGUGCCGUAGUGAUUAAAGUCAAAGCAAACGAUUUGGACGAAGGGUCGAAUGCAGUGUUAACAUACUCUUUCGGUGAUUUUACUACCUUGGGUACAAAUCGUAAUUUGUUCAGCAUGGACCCAAAUACUGGAGAGAUUAGAGUGGAAGGGCCGCUCGAUUUUGAAGAAACAAAAAGCUAUUCACUCGAUAUUCAAGCUAUUGAUCACGGGUCACCUGCUAUUACUGGACACUCCAAAGUGUUGAUCAAGGUCAUUGACGUCAACGACAACGCACCCGAGGUAACAAUGACGACAGCCAUCAAACAAAUCUCGGAAAAUGCUCCUUUGGGAACUUUAAUCACCUUGAUUAAUGUUAUAGAUCGUGAUUCUGGAGAGAACGGCCAAGUGCGCUGCGAAAUACCACGGAUGGUGCCCUUUAUGCUGCAAACAUAUUCCAAUCAUUAUAAAUUAAUUACAAGUGAUACGAUGGACCGUGAAACGGUGCCUGAGUAUAAAAUACUUGUGUCAGCUUGGGAUUUUGGAUCACCUUCGCUCUCAACAAACACUACCAUCCGUAUUUUAAUUGCUGAUGUAAACGAUAACCCCCCAAGCUUUGCUGCACUAUCUUACAACGUAUAUGUGACUGAAAAUAACUCUCCUGGCGCUUCCGUCUUCGCAGUAACGGCGUCAGAUCCUGAUCUGGAGCAGAAUUCCUAUGUUUCUUAUUCCAUUCUGGACAAUUACAUUCAAAACUUGCCAGUGUCGACGUACCUCAACGUUAACUCAAUGAACGGCACCAUUUACGCUCUGCGCGCUUUCGACUAUGAGAAACUCAAAAGUUUUCAGGUUGUUAUUCAAGCCCGUGACGCUGGAGUGCCACCGUUGAGCAGCAGCGCUACUGUGAAUGUCAUCAUCCUGGAUCAAAAUGACAACGCACCGGUGAUUGUUUCACCUUCAGAGCAUGGUGAGUCAUCAGCCGUGGAAUCCCUUCCUAACUCUGCAGAUCAGGGGCACUUGGUCACCAAGAUAAUGGCUACUGAUGCAGAUUCAGGUCAGAACGCGCGGCUCUUCUAUCAAAUGGUGAAAGCUACUGAUCCCAGUUUGUUUACCAUUGGUCAAAUGUCUGGUGAAAUAAGAACAGCGCGCAAAAUCAUGGAGCAGGAUGCGAUUACACAAACUGUGGUCAUCUUAGUGAAAGACAACGGGCAGCCAGACCUAUCGAGCACAAUUACUCUUCACAUCACAAUAUUGCAGAAUACCACUGAAAGUCUCACAGUAAGCAGCAAUUUAAUGAAGAAUACCAAAUAUUUAUCUGAUCUAAAUAUUUAUUUAUUGGUUAUUUUCAGUUGCACUUCCAUUGUCUUUCUUUUGAUUAUCAUUGUGUUGAUCGGCAUCAAGUGCAAACAGGACAGAAAUGUGACCCAAGAGUAUGGUUCUCCCAGUUAUUAUUACAAACGUGGAGAAAUGCAAAACACAUUUAAUCGAAAAUUUGCAAUGGAGGAAACCUUGCGCUAUCCUGGUACUGACCAGGUAGUCCACACGCCAGGGCUGUCUCAGUAUUCGGUCUGUCUGUCUCGAGAAUCAGCAAAGAGCGACUUUCUUUUCUUGAAGCCAUGCGGCCCUCCCACCUCACAGGCUCAAUCCUAAAUUACAGAGUUUGGUUACCUCAAUGUACGCCCAUCGUACGUGUGCUUAUUUUCGUUUAUAGUCUGGACUGUGGUUUACUGGGGUGAUGCGUGCCAUUAUUUUGUCUUUCGAUUGAAGACAGGUAAAUUUGUUGUAAUGUGCAAUGAUAAAAAUACAUGCACCGAAAUAUGACCACCUGAGAUCGGCAUCUCUUUUUCCUGAAGAGGAUAUAACUAACUAUCGUUGAAUGAUGCAUUCAAAUGGGUUGCUAUUGAGUCGGUUCAGUCACGAGAAGUGGUGCUAUCUGAAGAUUGCGAUAAAAAUACAUUGGCACAUUAAAAUUCCAGAUGAAGUACUAUCAAUUCACAGCACAAAAUUGGAGACAAAGAUGCAGAUGUUUUAAUUUGUGAUCGCAAGAUAUAGUGCAGACAUUCAGCAUGUCAGUCCGCACAUCCGGGCUGUUUAUCAGAAAAGGGGGAAAAAAAGAAUAAAACGCUUUCUGUUGAAAUUACAGAGCUAGGAUUGGAGAGAUGGAUGCAACAUGGGGCUAUCACUGAUAUAAUCAGUCCACAGGAGGUAUCGUAAUAGUUUGGGUGAAAUAGAGAUGCCUGUGUCUCUGUAUACUGUACUGUUAAGAACAGUGCUUUAGUUUACUCCAGGCAGUGACGAAAGAAACUUUUCUCAAUUCACUCUUAUCCUUUCGCCUCCAGGAAAGAACAAAGAUGAUAUGCUUAUUAAUCCAUAUAUUUGACACGGUCAAAAGAAAAAAAUGGCGAUGCAAAUCAGGCCCUUUUAGCAAAUCCCUUGAAACCAUCGAAACUUAAUCCUAACUCUAUUCCUAAUGCUUCUCAGAAAAAAAGUGGUUUAAAUGCAACAUUUCUAAUCUAGUUCUAAAAUAUAUUGAAUUAGAGAAAAAAAUACCGUGUCCUGAUUCACAGUGUCCCAGGAUAUUUUGGGAAACUGGAUGGAAUUUGCAACAAGGUCCUGAACAGGCAUCUGCAUGGUAUAGGUUAAAUCACAUUGAAUUCAAGGCGAGAUAAUGAGCUGGAUACAGAAGAAGUCAGAGCGUUGCAGUGGAGGAUUUGUAUUCAUAAUACAGCUCUCUGGCCAAUGGUGUGUCAGUGGUGAAUUCAUUCUUAUUUGGUAUUUAUAUUAUGUUUUUGCAUGAAAGCAUUAUGAAUACGAUUAGUAUGUUUGUGGAGAAUAUCAGACUAGCGGACAGUGUAGAUCAUUAUCUUAGAUAAGUUCACAAUCUUCUAGACAAACUACGCAA